AUAAAAUAGCCACAUUCGGUCAAGACAUUCGGUCAGCACCAGAUCGACAUACCCAAAAUCUGCCUUUUCAGGAAAGGCAAGUAUUCACAUUGUUUAACAAGAGCUAAUAAUUGCGGUGAGUGUUGUAUAUUUUAUUUUUCGCAGCGGUUGAUGUCUAACUUUAAAGUGUGUUACAGUUGCUUCAAAACCCAAGUUAUAUUUGAAAAGCCUAUUUUUAUUUAUGGAAAUCUAAUAGGUUUUAUUGAUAUAAAAUCUAUUUCAUUGACACCUUGUAAAUGUACCAGAAAGUGAUGUGAACAACAUCAUCCGAAAUGCUUUAAGAACUUUACAAUCUGUAAAAUAAAUUCGAUUAAGUUCUAUAAGAUACAUAACAAAACUAACAUUGGUUCAAGAGGUGGACGUGAAUUUCUUCAGUCAUGUUUAGUUCUAACGAAAACCCACACGACGUUGAAGGAAAUUAUAGCCUACUUAGAUCAUAUUAUAGGUUACACGUGUUUUUUUUUUUUUUUUGAUGCGGGGGGUUACAAGCUGCAGUUUAGACUAAAUAUUUAAGUAGCCAGGGUACACUUUAUAGGUAACAAAAUUACUGCAGCAGAUACCGGUGCAUUUAGUCAUAAUUAGCUUUUAGGGUUAAGGUCUCGCCAGAGAUUGUUCCCCUUCCUUAUAAAGCUGCCUGCUGUCGUAUCACGGUUCAAUUUGUGUCUGUUUGCUUAACGUCGAGUUUUUUUUAAUUACUGUAGAUUUUAUGCAGCUUCCUCUAGUUACGAGAAGGGAAGGUGGAACAUGACGAAUGUGACCGCUGUCGCAGCUCGCGGUCCCUCGAGCGCAGCGCGCGCAUUGGCUCGCCGGCCUCUGACGCCAGAUGUCGCCACUGGGAACAUUCCGCCGGAGCCGGGCAGCGCUCGCGACCAAUUCACGCGAAAACCCGCACAAUGAACGCGGCGCUCUCCUGUUUGCUGUUCGCUGUCAUCGCCUACAUGUACAGCGAUGACCUGCUGUCAGCGCUCCGCGGUUAUGUUGCAGAAAGGAUCCUUGGUGCCAAGAUGCCCGACCCUGGAGAGGACCGGCGGAGUCCGCAGGGUGUCCCCUACUCGGACUUACGGCACUUCGUAAACGCCGACGGACAGCACCUGUUCUGCCGCUACUGGGAGCCGGAGGGCCCACCAAGGGCCUUGGUGUUUGUGGUCCAUGGAGCAGCAGAACACUGCGGGAGCUACGAUGACGUCGCCCAAACCUUGAUGAAGCGGAACCUACUGGUCUUUGCGCAUGACCACGUGGGCCAUGGGAAGAGUGAAGGGAAGAGGCUGGUGGUCCGUGACUUCCAGGUUUACAUCCGAGACGCUACGCAGCACGUCGCCAUUAUGAAGAAGAGGUACCCUGGCUUGCCCAUUUUCCUCCUUGGACACUCAAUGGGUGGAGCCAUCUCCAUACUGACUGCCUGUGAGCAACCAGAAGAUUUUGCUGGGGUGGUGCUGAUUGCACCCUUGGUCCAGACGAACCCUGAGUCCGCCACUCCCUUCAAGGUGUUUCUUGCUAAAUGUCUUUUCCACAUACUGCCAAGUCUGCCUCUGGGUUCCCUUGAUUCCAAGUGGGUCAGUCGCAACAUGAAGCAGGUGGAGGCCUAUGACAAUGAUGAGCUUGUCUACCGUGGUGGUCUGCCUGUAUCUUUUGUCAUGCAUAUACUGAAUGCAACUGAGAGAAUCAACAAGGCAAUUCCAACCAUCAAGUGGCCAUUCCUUUUGCUCCAUGGUGACCAUGACAAACUCUGUGACAUCGGAGGCUCUCAGAUAAUGUAUGAGAAGGCCUUGAGUACGGACAAGAAGCUGAAGGUUUUCGAUGGCGCGUACCACGCGCUCCACCACGAGCUGCCGGAGCUCGCAGACUUGGUCCUGAAGGAGAUCGGCAUCUGGGUCGAGGAGCGGAUUCCUCCACAGCCAUUAGCAGACUCCUAGGCUGUGCAUCCUCCUCGUCUCCCAUACUAUCUGUUACCUUUCUGGGUCUAACUCAUUUUAUAAGAUUAUUUUAUGGAUUGCACUGACGAAACAUAAAAUUCAGUCUGACCUCAAUCCGGUGCUAUGAAGCCAAUAGUAUGACGAGUAGGAUGCGGACUAGGGGGAGGUGAGGAGGUCACUGAUUUGCACAGGGUUGCUUCUGAGUGACCCCUGUCCCUGAGAGUCUCAGAUUUCACUUAUGCUAAAGGACAAUUGUUGAACCUGCCAGGCAGGCAGGGUAAAAAGCCAUGUAGACUGUCUUAUUUCCCUAACAGUGAAGACCAUACUGGAUGUGACCAAAAUGGGCACUGUGUUCCCAGUUAUGCCGUCUUACUGUGCUGCUCGACUGUUAACUUUACCUAUGUAUUUAAGCUAAAUCAUAUGUUAUGAAGAAGAUGUCUCUGUUUUAAUUUGUGCAUCCAUAUCCUCUCUAUCUGGCCCCAUUUGAAUAUCACUGACUAAUUUGCUUGCUGCCAACGCAUUUAGUUAUACAUCUCUGUUAGUCAGCUCGUGUUGCCACCGCUUAUCUGAAAACUGUAGGAAGGAUCUUCGUUACCAUGGAACCAUUCGAAUAAAACAAUGGAAAAACCAUCAUGGCAGACAGCCGACAGAAGCCAGAUAGACUUGAGGCCUGAGAAUGGACUUUGAACUAAGGGGGCAUUAAUUAAAAUAGCAAAAAGGCCACUCUGCUGCUUUGUAGAUACAUGAGAUCAGCAGAGUUUCAAAUACUGGUCCUUAAUCAUGGUGUUCUUGUGUGCUUUCAUGCUGCUAAUUGAAUACAAAUGUAAUGCACAGUUAGAAAUGUUUGUAUUUUUUGCUUCUCAAAAGGAGUCAUACGUUUUCCGAUUGUAAAAUGAUUUAUUCUUUGCAGAUGAGUCUUCUAAAUGAUUUUAAAAUUGUAUUUGAAUUUAACAGAUUGGAAAUGCUGUUAUUGUAUAAGAAAACUAAAGGGCAUUGUUGUUAUGAAUAUACAACACUGAAAUCUAAUUAGAAUCUAUUAAAAAUGUCUGGUUAUAUUCAGGUAUGUUUAUUGAGUUUUCAAGGAGAGAUUUUGUUGACAAAGACCUAUAUCCUGACAACCUAUCUACUGGAAAAUAAGGCUGUCAUUAUUGGAUGUUUUGUUUUAACAUGCUUCAGCUGUUGGUCAAAGCCAAGGAAAAAUAAAAUUUUAUGUUCAAAUGA